AUGGAUCCACCUCCUUUCUCCUUACUGCCCUACGAGAUCGUUUCUCAAAUCUGUCAGCGUCCUGAUCUGGACAAGCACGAUCUGGCCGCUCUCCGCCUCACUUGCAGGUCCUAUGGAAUUCACGACGCAGCAACUACAUCACUUGGCAAGUCCUUCGAAGACAUUACCGUGCUCUUUUCCGAGCACAGCUUCCAGACGCUGGUCAAUAUCUGCAAACAUCCAGUCUUCAGUCGCUGUGUCAGAAGUGUCAAGCCGUCUUCCAUGCGCUGCAACGAAAACGAAAUUCGUAACAUCGUGCAUACAUUAAAGUAUGAGAGCGCAUGGCUUGGGUAUCCGGCAAGAUUUGAGACUCCAUCGAACAUUCUGAACGAUCCUCGCGUUCGUUCUUACAUUUCACGUAUGCAGAACCAGGAUGAGUUUGCUCAGAGCGAGGAGCCACUUGCGCUUCUUACCCAAGCUUUCCAAUGCUUGGGUCAGUCAGGUUGUCGUAUCGCUCUCGGUGCUGCUGUCAAAGAAACUAAGGGCCUGGUAUACGAUGUCUCUCAUGCGAAGGACGCUUUGGACUGUUUGUGGCAUAACGCCUUCUUCAGUACACUCGAUCUCCUUAUCACCGCGGUAUCGAGAUGUGAGCUGCCAUUAACCAAGCUCAAAAUUGAUUUCAUAGCCACCGAGCAUCAUGAUAGCCCAUGGUCUCGGCAGAGAACCAUCGGAUCAACCCAAGUCAAUCUGUUCUCGCAUGUAAAAGCACUGGACCUGGAUCUCUUUUGCUUCAAGGGGUUCAAUAUUGAUCAGGAUGUUGCUCGCCUUCUGCAAGAAGACGUCCCGGCGUCGACCCCGGUCAAAGCUCUUCGCGUCGUCAGUGUCGAUACUGACGAAUGGCUACCUACACCCUUGAGCCAAAGCAUUCUGCGACUCUGCAUGUUCAUUCCUUCACUCUUUCUCGAAAGUCUCUUUCUUGUCAGGAUUGAGACCACAGAGCCGGACCUUCUAGCCGUUUUAGCCAAGGUACGAGGAACACUGCUUCACCUGAGUAUCGUUGGCUGUGAAGUGGAUGCAGAUUCGUUGGUACCUGCUAUCGUCUACAUUCAGGAUCAUCUUACUGCUCUUGAUGAAUUGCACCUUGCUCAAAAUAUGGUCUAUUCGCACCCCUUCGUUGAUGUAGACUCAAGCGAGGAGCAGAAGAAAAGACAUGAGGGCAAACUUCUCGCAUGUCUCGAUGCUUAUGGUCAGAGCGAUAUACAAUCGAGCUUGGCGGAAGUGCUGGAGAGCUGCCAGAACUUUAUUUCAGCAUCAAGCUCUACUAGCGAUAUCGGAGAUGGAGAUUGGUAA